AUGUGGUGGGCUCAACCUGAUGAUCACGAACUCCUUGUGAGUGUUUCUGCUGCGAGCGUCCUCACAGCUGUUGCUGCUCAAUACUGGACGACUUCCAGAUCUUGCCAGCUAGGGUCAGAGGCCAUCGGCUGGAUCUUUUUAUACUUUCUCAUUAGGUAUACUAAGAGACCUUGCCUUGAGGCAAGAGCAAGCAGUGGGAACGCGCCACUUCGGGACGAAGUCAAGUCGAGGCCCGGUUCUUGCUGGAUAUUCUCUGUGGCCAUAGCCAUUGCGACUAUUAGCUCAGAGGAGAAUACUUUUGCUGGGUUUCUUACACCAGCCUUGACCCCUGCCAUGGGCAUUAUGCAGAAGCUGCUGAACCAUCAACACCCGACACUGACGACAAUGCAGCACCGGGCAUGGAAAUACACGGAAGUCGCUAUUUCCGUGCUUGGCGUUUAUACAUUAGUCUAUCCGAGCCCGAGCCCGCGUGGCUUGUUCUUAUCCACCAUUGAGCUCCUUUCCCUGGUGGUGCUCUAUGGCGUUCUUGUUCCAAAAUCGGACCCAAAGACCGAGGCAAUGCCAUAUGUGAAUAUAGAGGCUGACAUUGCAACUCUCGCCCCAAAGGUGGUCGGUGUUUUGAUGAUGAUGCUGGCACUUCAAACACUACUUCUCGGUUUCGGAUCCUUUGAUCCCCUCACGACGCUGUUGGCUGGCACUGCGAAAGCCUUGACGUGGCUUUUUGUCAUGGAUAUGGCUCGCCAGAUAUCCUGGUCCGCGGCAGCAAUUGCCAAAAUUUUUGCCAUCUUUUCCACAUGCAACCCAUUUAUACAGAGCCGGGAGAGCCAGGCGUUUUCCCACGUUGUUGUCUCUAGCCUAACGUUGGGCCAACUCGUCGCUAUUAUUCCGAAGAGGACGUACCAGCGAAGCUUUCUGUGGGUUUUUGUGACUAUUCCACUUCUCCCGUAUUUGGCAAGCUUCCUUGCAAUUAGAACUGCACAGUCUAGAGCAGAAGCUUUUACCAGCAUACAUGAGCAUCCCGUGGAGGCGAUUAUUCGCAUAGCAAAUGCUGAAUUCGAUGACUUACUACGCCGCCAAUCUAAAACCUACACAGAUGCCCGUGAGGAAUAUCGCCGUCGAUACGAAGCGGACCCUCCCCCGGGCUUUGAAGGGUGGUUCCAGUAUGCCAAGUCGCACGACUCACCAGUCAUCGACGAAUUUGAUGCCAUGUAUAGGUCCCUUAUCCCUUUAUGGAGCCUCAGUGGUCAACAAAUCAGCGAUGCGAUAAGAAACGUGCAACUUUCCCCAGACAACGAGCUCUGGGUAUGUAAAUUUUCUGGCCAGACUGGCUUGACCGAUUGUGCUCACAACUGGCGCAGUUUUGACAGGCAUUUUAGCAAAUUGUUCAUCCAGCUCGUCGGGCAUGUCAAAGGCGUGUUGCCUGAUGUGGAAUUUCUAGUCAACCAUUUGGAUGAACCUAGAGUUAUUUUCCCAACAGGACAGGACCAAUCUGAAUCUAAAUCGACACCCAAGCUGACAAGUCUGUCGCACACACCGACCUGGGACUUCUUGGUACAGUAUUGCAACAACACCCGGCGUGACACUGCCGCCAUCCCUAAGCCGGGCGUUGACUCAUAUGGCCUGUCUUUCGUCCAAGAUAUGGAUGACUCUCGAGAUAUCUGCAACCAUCCCAGCUACCGCCAGAUGCAUGGGCUACUGACGAGCCCUACUUCCUUCCGAUUGAUUGAGGGGAUGGUACCUGUGCUUUCUACGGGGUCGCUGUCUACCAUGGGCGACAUUUUGUUUCCGAGCCCUGCCUACUUCGAAUCUGAGUUUGUGUACAGUGAGGCGAGAGACCCAGAUUGGUCAAGCAAGAAGAACAUCCUCUACUGGGCAGGUUCUACAUCGGGGGCUUUUGCCAAGGACUCCAGUUGGAAGUAUUUUCACAGACAACGAUUCGUGAGCCUGGUCCAAACGCUCGACGGCCAAAAGCACAUGUAUCUUGCCGAUAAGAAGGGUACUUCUCAGCGUGUGUUGUCCUCUUUUCUCAACGGCAGACUUUUCGACGUGGCCUUCACAAAAAUUAAUCAGUGCGUCAAAAAUGCAUGUCGCGAGCAGUCUACUUUCUAUCGCAUGAAAGAAUGGACAGACAAGGAUGAACCACUCAGAUGUAGGUUAGCUUUUGACCUCGACGGCAAUGGCAUUAGUGGCCGAUGGUACAAACUGGUAGCCUCUAAAUCAGUGCCCUUGAAGCAAACUCUCCUUCACGAAUGGCAUGACGAUCGUCUCCUGCCUUGGGUGCAUUUUAUUCCUGUCAGCCCUGGCAUGGAUGAGCUCCCCGAGCUGGUCACGUACUUGACCUCGACAAAGGAAGGCCAGAUUAUGGCGUUGCAAAUCGCCGAUCAGGGGAGAGAGUGGUUUUCAAGGGCCAUGAGGGAUGCGGAUAUGUCGAUAUACCUGUAUCGCCUGCUGUUGGAAUUGGCUCGCCUGCAGGAUCCAAGCCGACCAGGAUUCUCAAAGGCCAACGUUCCAUAA